AUGUCUUCACAAAUCCUCAACACCAGCCAAUAUCACCUCGAAGACGUGGCCUUGAUAGGUCUGGCAGUCGCCGUCUGUAUCUGGGCCGUAAAUAACAUCCUCAAGAGAUGGAAUACUAAACAAGAAGCUACUAGACCCUUAACACCAGAUCUCGAGAAGAAACCGUUGGGAUCGAAGUUCAAAAAGUCGGACAGGAAGCCAGGAGAAUGGACACCAUCGGAUUUCAAAAGGCCAACGGCAUCACCGUAUCUGAAUUGGAAUGUUCAUACGACAAAGCCGAUACCGUAUCGGCCGUUUCGAUAUGGGCCAAAAUACUUUAUCACUAUGGGACUGAGAAGUAUGAAGUGGGAUGAAUGGAUAGAACUUGACAACCAUUACUUUCGAUACCACGCCGACAAAAACCGUCGAAUCAAAGAACGUGGCACAAAGAGCUGCAUGACUGCGCCAGAAGCAAUGGACGGAGCGAUCGAACUACUGGAGGAACUUUGCACCUACCUCCCUGAACGCUACCCCACCAUGUUCCUCAAAACACCCACCGGAAUAACAAACCUCGCCACAAACGAAUCCUUCAAUAUAACCACCCGCCCCCUCCCCGAAGACCCCAUGGCCACCUCCGCCCGCCUAAUCCAAGACGACCUAGCCCUAAUGAUCGAGCGCCCAGACGGCGACUACUACCUCCUCGCCGGCGCAAUCCUGCUCCCUGGUUUCUGGCGCUUGCAGGAUAAAUUCGGCAUGCGGCUUUCGGAAAUACAUACCUCGGGUGAUGUUCCGCAGUAUAAGGAGAAGCUGGAGAAGGGGAUGAUGAAUUUCUUCCGAAGGCUGAGGCCUGAGGAUCCUGUGCUACGGAAUAAUUAUUUCAUUCAGGUUGAUGAUAAUCUCGCGUGGUCAGGUAGUAUUGGGCCUGAGGACUUGGAGGAGGUAUCGUGGAAUACGGCGCAGAAGGACAAGGCUAUCGAGCACCACUUUUUCCGGUCAGAGAGACAGUCUCUUCGCCGGCUUCCAAGAUCUGGUGCUGUGGUGUUUACGAUAAGGACGUAUUUCGAACCUAUUGCGGAGAUUGUGAAGGAGCUGUAUGUGCCUGGAAGACUGGCAUCUGCUAUUCGCAGUUGGGGUGAUGAUGUGUCCAGGUACAAAGGGAAAGAAAAGUACGAGGGUGUCUUGUUAGAAUACUUAGAUCGCAAGCAUGAGGAGCAGAUUGCUGCUGGGCUGGAAUUGGAGAAAGAGGAUGAUGUUAGGAGUUAUCCUUUUUAG